GCAUCCUUGUGGCCUUGAAAAAUCCUGCAAAAAUGUCUCUGUACCCAUCUCUUGAAUACCUGAAGGUAGACAAAGUUAUUCAGGCUCAAACUGCCUUUUCUGUAAACCCUGCCAAGCCAGCAAUUUUGUCUGAAGCUUCUGCUCUCAUCUCUCAAGAUGGAAAUCUCUAUCCUAAAUUGUAUCCGGAGCUCUCCCAGUACAUGGCCCUGAGUUUAAAUGGAGAAGAAAUCCGUGCAAAUAUGACCUCAGUCCCUGGAGCAUCAGUUCAGGGAUUGGUAGCAAGACCUUCCAGUAUGAACUAUAUGGUGGCUCCUGUAACUGGUAACGAUAUUGGAAUUCAUAGAGCAGAAAUUAAGCAAGAGAUUCGUGAAGUCAUUUUGUGUAAGGAUCAAGUUGGAAAAAUUGGGCUCAGACUCAGAUCAAUAGAUAAUGGUAUAUUUGUUCAGCUGGUCCAGGCAAAUUCUCCAGCCUCACUGGUUGGCCUGAGAUUUGGGGACCAAGUACUCCAAAUCAGUGGGGAAAACUGUGCAGGCUGGAGCUCUAAUAAAGCACACAAGGUCCUCAAACAGGGUUUUGGAGAGAAGAUUACUAUGACUGUUUGUGACAGGCCCUUUGAAUGGACAAUUACCAUGCAUAAGAAUAGUACUAGACAUGUUGGCUUUAUCUUUAAAAAUGGAAAGAUAACAUCCAUAGUGAAAGAUAGUUCUGCAGCCAGAAAUGGUCUUCUCACAGAACAUAACAUCUGUGAAGUCAACGGGCAGAAUGUCAUUGGGCUGAAGGAGUCUCAAAUUGCCGACAUACUGUCAACAUCUGAGACUGUAGUUACUAUUACAAUCAUGCUUUUAUCUUUGAACAUAUUAUUAAAUGGAUGGCACCUAGCAUUAUGAAAAGCCUGAUAGAUCACACCAUUCCUGAGGUUUAA